UGAUGGGCGCGUAUCAAAUCUUGGAUAAUUGACCGACAACGAAAAAGCCUCUUUUCAUCACCCAUUCGCUUGUAAAUUACUUGGAGGCUCGUGUUGCGAGAUUCCCGCUAAUCGUUCUAGCGGUGGUAGACGUACGCCCUUACCAUGGACCGAACAUGCAGAGCUUCCUUUCGAAAUGUUGGCAUUGGUUUAUUUCUGCUAAUGACGUCGAUCAUCACCACCGUUCGGGGAUUCCCUGUUGUGACAAAUCCAUAUCCUCUCACCCUCGAGAGGAGUGGCUGCCUCUGCGCGGACUUUUCUACUCCUCAUUGCUUGAACCCACUUGUUUCUCCAGGAAAGAUUGUGCUCCCAGCACAGGAUGAAUCGUUGUGCAUAUGUGCCGAUGGCACCCUGGCAAAUUGUGACACCACCACUUUCGAACAUGAAGGAGACGAACCCCCUGUAAAGCCCAGAAGUAUGCGCUUUUGGUAUACCCUCGCGGGAACCAUCGUGUUAGUUCUUAUAGGUGGCAUAUUUGCUGGCUUGACGAUUGGAAUUAUGAGCCUGGACACGACCAAUUUACAGAUUCUGAAAAACAGUGGCACUGAAAAAGAAAGGAAGUACGCUGCAAAGAUUGAGCCUAUCAGGAAACACGGACAUUGGGUUUUGACGACACUCCUCCUUGGCAAUGUGGUCAUCAAUGAGACGCUUCCGAUCCUGUUCCACUCCAUUGUAGGGGGCGGACUAGCCGCCAUUAUCAUCUCAACAGCGCUGGUGGUAUUAUUUGGAGAGAUCAUUCCAAACGCAAUUUGUGCACGACAUGGGCUUGCUGUGGGCGCCACGCUUACGCCCCUGGUCAGAGUGUGCAUGUGGAUUCUAUUCCCUGUUGCCUACCCUAUUGCUAAGCUGCUGGACUACCUACUCGGACAUUCAGAGGGAACUAUUUAUGCUCGUGCCCAAUUGAAAACUCUGGUCGCACUGCACGAGGAAGGCUACGAAGGGAAUGGUCAAUCAGGCGAACUCAUUCAUGACGAAGUCGGUAUAAUAUCUGCGGUGCUGGACCUCAAGGAUAAGACUGUGCGCCAAAUAAUGACACCAUUAGAGGACGUGUUCAUGUUGGAAGCAUCUCAAGUAGUGGAUGUGGAACUGAUAAAACAGGUCAUUGGGCGUGGCCACAGUCGUGUGCCCGUUUACCAGCGUAAUCGAUCCAAUCUAGUAGCAAUCUUGUUAGUCAAGCGUUUGAUUGGAUACAAUGUGGAGAAAGCCAAGCGUAUCAACGAUUUUCCUCUGACAUAUCUCCCGAUAGUUGACGAUAAGACAAGUUUGUUUGAUAUGCUCAACUUUUUCCAAGAAGGCCGAAGUCACAUGGCUGCUGUUGCGGGAUAUAGGGUGAAUGAUUGGUUGGAUAUCAAUGGACAACCUGACAGAUCAGAGCGCGAGAUAUUAGGGGUUAUCACCUUGGAAGACGUGAUUGAGGAGCUCAUUGGGGAGGAAAUUAUUGACGAGACUGACGAAUAUAUUGAUGUACACAGCAAGACACCCGUUAUGCGGACGCCUAUUACGAAAGCAUUGGCAAAGCUCUUGACCCCAGUUGGUACAAAACAAGAACGGACAAGUGGUAAUGCUCCUUCCCCGCGCAUUACUCCGACAAGGCGAAAGUCCACCUCGUCCGGCAAGCCUACAACUCGCAGAGGCCGUCGAGCGGAAUCGGCCAGCCGUACCGACCCGGCAGACAAUGAAAUCCCAAAAGUAAUACCUGAACAGCCAGAUAUAUUAUCAGAAGGUGACGAUCAUGUUGAUAACGUUCCGUCAUCUGUCGAUUAUUUCGCAACGGCCGUCGAUCCGCAGCAUUCGAGAGAUGAACGUUUGCAUGAGGCGGGUUGGGUGGUCACCCCCAUGAAUCCAGCUGAACCAGAGUCCAGAGGAGUAUUGUCGAGACGGAAAGUGGGUGGGUCCGGUGUGUCAUCUGCUCCUCCAUCCAUACCUCCAUCACCCACCCUGGGCAAGGAUAACAUUACACUGGGCGAGGGCGGGGAAGACCGAGAGAGCAGAUUAGUAGUGGAGGAUGAAAGAACGCCUUUGUUGAAAUAACAUGCUCGCUUGUACAUUCAUAUUUGUUAUAUCAAGGGAUUAGAGAUCCUACAGGAUGCCAUCUCCAACGGGUCCCUCUUUGCUGCAACGUCAAGCAUGUUAAUGGCCUGGCGGACUUCGG